CCCCUGCCUCUGGGAAGGCGCCAAGCUCUCCCCACUAGCCCCAGGACGGAGCCAAGCGGGUAGAACUUCGAGGGUGAAGACAGGCAGGUGCUGGGCCUUCCAACACACACGCGCGGGUGCGCGCACAAAGAUGGCGAAGAAUGCACUUCCGGCAAGUGUCCUUACGAAUGCAUCCGGGCGUCUGCAGCAGGUACCGCCCAAGGCGUUCCGGCCCCUUUGCUGCACAGCCAACAACGGUGAUGGCGGGCAGACAGUCUGGUUGGAGCCAGGCAGCUCUUCUCCAGUUUCUUCUUGGCAUGUGCCUAACGGUGAUGCCACCUACCCAGGCCCGGAGUCUGCGCUUUGUUACCUUGCUCUAUCGACAUGGAGAUCGGUCACCAGUGAAGACAUAUCCCAAGGACCCCUAUCAGGAAGAGAAAUGGCCCCAGGGUUUUGGUCAGUUAACCAAGGAGGGGAUGCUGCAGCACUGGGAGCUAGGCCAGGCUCUGAGGCAGCGCUACCAUGGCUUUCUGAACACCACUUACCACCGACAAGAGGUUUAUGUGCGAAGCACUGACUUUGACCGUACUCUCAUGAGUGCUGAGGCCAACCUGGCUGGACUCUUCCCUCCCAAUGAAGUGCAACGUUUCAACCCCAACAUUUCAUGGCAGCCCAUCCCUGUUCACACUGUGCCCAUCACUGAAGACAGGCUGCUAAAGUUUCCGUUGGGUCCAUGUCCCCACUAUGAGCAGCUGCAGAAUGAGACUCGGCAGACUCUAGAGUAUAAGAAUAUGAGUAUUCAGAAUGCACAAUUUCUGGACAUGGUGGCCAAUGAGACAGGGCUUAUGAACCUGACCCUAGAGACCAUCUGGAAUGUGUAUGACACACUCUUUUGUGAGCAAACACAUGGGCUGCUCCUGCCGCCCUGGGCCUCACCCCAAACCGUGCAACGUCUGAGCCAGCUAAAGGACUUCAGCUUCCUCUUCCUCUUCGGGAUCCACGAGCAAGUACAGAAGGCCCGACUUCAGGGUGGAGUUCUGCUGGCUCAGAUACUGAAGAACCUGACACUCAUGGCAACCACCUCUCAAUUCCCUAAGCUUCUGGUUUACUCUGCGCAUGAUACUACCCUUGUUGCUUUGCAAAUGGCACUGAAUGUCUACAAUGGGAGACAAGCUCCCUACGCUUCCUGCCACAUGUUUGAACUGUAUCAGGAAGAUGAUGGGAAUUUCUCAGUUGAGAUGUACUUUCGGAAUGACAGUAAGAAGGCACCCUGGCCUCUGAUCCUGCCUGGCUGCCCUCACCGCUGCCCACUGCAGGACUUCCUUCGCCUCACAGAGCCUGUCAUACCCAAGGACUGGCAGAAGGAGUGCCAGCUCAUAAGUGACACUGCAGAUACAGAGGUGAUUGUGGCCUUGGCUGUCUGUGGCUCCAUCCUCUUCCUUCUAAUAGUGUUGCUCCUCACUGUCCUCUUCCGGAUGCAGGCUCAGCCUCCUGGCUACCACCAUGUUGCAGACAGGGAAGACCAUGCUUGACAACCACUCAGUCCCCUUCCUCUGCUUCCUAGGGGAGGUGAGCUGAUCCCAGCGCUUAGCCUCCCUGAUUACCUAAGCCCAGAUGAAUGAGUGAGGCUCUCCUGGGCUGUGAACCUGUGACUCACCAUCUACACGCCUGGUGUUUACCAUGCGCUGUGCUGGACACUGGCUGUGAACCUGUGACUCACCAUCUACACACCUGGUGUUUACCAUGCGCUGUGCUGGACACUGGCUCUCUCCAGAUGGGAUCUGUCUCUCCUAUACUCCCUAAGGACCUGAGAUACAGACUAGGAUUCAGUUUCCACUCAGGACCUGGGAUACAAAAACAAAACAAAACUGAAGCCGGUGCUUGA